GAAUCGGAAUUAGAGUAGUUUUUGUUUCGAUUUUUUGUAUGUUUAAACAUAAUUAAACUAAAAUGCCGAUACAUCGCCUUUUCGUGGGCAACGUUCCCGCGGGAACCAGUGAGCAAGAGCUGAAGCAGGAAUUUUCCAACUAUGGUUCGGUGAAAGCGAUCGACCUCAAAUGCAAACCGAAUGCACUGAACGGUUCGGUGGACACGUUCGCCUUCGUCAACGUCGAGCUGGAUGAUCGUACCCUGUGGCAAUGCAUCAACGAGUUCCGGCAAGAGCAGUACAAAGGUGUCUACUUGAAUGUAUCGAAAGCUAAGGAAUCGUUUUUGGAUCGAUUGAAACGGGAGCGAGAGGAAGCGGAAGCUGCCAAGCAGAACAGCGAAGCGCUUAAUCCGUACAAGAAGGCCCAGGAGCACGAACCGGUUAAGAAGAUCGCUGAGGCACUACCAGUUCUACCGACGAUUGCGAAGCAGGUGGAAAGUUCCAGUUCUGAGUCGAGCUCGGAAGAUGAAUCGCCAGCACCACCACCGGUGAGGCGGUCGGCUGUUGCGAUUAAAAAACCUCAGGUCGAUGAUGAAGAUCAGCUGGUUAGGAAGUGGAACCAGGAAACCUACAUCGAACAUGGCAAGCUGAAGAUUGUGUCCAUCACCGGGCAGGUGAAGGAAGUGAUCGAUAAAAGCAAAAAUCGCAACCAGCAGUCGGGCAAGGAGUUGGAUGAGAAGGCAAAAUUGGCCGACGAAAAGCGGAAGCAAGGAUUGACAAACCUUCAGAGUGCUUACGAGCAGCAAAAGUCGGCUAUUCAGGCGGCUUUGGCCGGAGGAGGGGAUGGUGCUAAGCGGAAGAAAAUUGUAUUUGAUGACGAUGAUGAUGAUCAGGCCGGAAAGAAGCCAAAGAUAUCGCUGUUUGGAGAUGAAGAUGGUGAAGAUGGAUUCAAGGCAAAUUUUACGGUUAGGAAGCAACUUGCGGAGAAUACGGAAAAGGGUCAGCGACUGUUCGAUAUGCAAACUCAGUUCCACGGCGAUUCCCGUUUUAAGUUGGAUGAGCGUUUCCUUGCCGAUGAUACGGCUGCUGGGCGGAAGAAGAGAAUGUUGUACGAAAGGGAAAAGGCCACCAUGGAUAAAAGCGGUGUCAACGUGAACAAUCAAGAACGCAAGAAGCAGAUGGAGAUUCUGUCGAAGGUGACCGGAAGGGACAUUUACGAUCGAGAGCAGUUCAAGAAGGACAACGUUGGAGCGAAGGGAAUGCAACGGUUCGAUCCUUCGGCGAAGAAGGAAGUUCCGGUGAAGAAGGAGAAGAUUCUUACGGAAGAGGAAAUUUUGGAGGCGAAACGAGCCGAACGUCCGGAAGAGGUGUUCCAAGUUACGGAAGAUAAGUUUUUCAAGGUUUCCGAUGGCUUAUCCCAUGCGAUCGGAACCAACUCCGGAGGGUUUAGUUUGUUGUCCACAUUUGGAGCUGCGGUGGCUGAAAAUGCUGAAGAGGAAAACGAUCAGGAGCAGCCUCUAGACAAACCAAUGUAUAGCGACGCUCGAUUCAGGUACGAAUCAUCGGCUAGUGAAGAUGAGGAUGAAAAACCGGAAAAGGCAGUCGAAACCAUCGCAGUUGUACCGGAAGAGGAAGCUACCAAGAAGAAGAAAAAGAAGAGUGGAUACCUUUCGAAGCAGGGCAUUUGGAAGGAGAAUUUCUUCUUCCUACCGAAUGAUGCUCGCUUCGAAGAGGGUAGGAAGUUUUUCCUGGAAUUUGCCAGCUCUGCGGCCGAAGCCAAUGCCAGUAAGGGCGAUCAAGCAAAGGAUAUUCGGAAGAUUUUCAAAAAGCGCAGAAUGCGCGAAACGAAAAAUGUCAACCAGAUGAGAGCCAAGCGUGGGCUGAAGUUAAUGAAAGGUAAGCGAAAAUAGAUUCGUUGGUUUUGUGCUACGAUAA